AUGUCCUCGGACAUGGAUGAGACUUUUGGCCCCCGGCUGUUUGGCCAUUUCGACUUCACCCUGCUCUUUGAGCACGCCAUCUUCGAGCUCGCCCCCGCCUGCCUCAUCCUCUUCGUCGUUCCCCUUUAUCUACACAAGCUAUGGAAAGGCAAGCCCUGUGUAAGAUGUGGUAGUCUACUUUGGGCCAAGCUGGCGCUCGCUGCGGCUCUUGUGGGCCUGCACAUUGCCAAUGCCGUCCUGUGGUGCAACUCGCCCCUCGACUCGACCCUCGCAAAGGUGGCCGGCAUCAUGUCUUGCGUCUCUGCCGCGUGCAUCAUCGUCAUUGUCUUGGUCGGCCACGUAUACUUCCUGCACUCACCUGGAUUCCUGGGCCUGUUCCUCAGCGUCUCCCUGCUUUUUGACGUGGCCAUCACCCGCACCUACUUCAAUCGGAACUGUCUCGCGACCCUCGCCAGAGUUCAUGCUCCGAUCCCCGUCCUCAAAUUGGCCCUCGUGGUUCUUGAGGAGGUUUCCAAGCGCUCGCUCAUCCGAGCCGAGUACCUGCGCUUAUCACUGGGCCACGAAGCCGUCGCCGGAUUCUGGAACAGGUCGAUCUUUUUCUGGGUCAAUGCCACCCUGCUUAUAGGAUUCCGAUCAAACAUUACGCAGAAAACACUCGGCAACCUUGACCCGCACUUUGACUCUGAAAAGCUCCAGACUGACUUUCGUCGCAUCUGGGAGAAUGGUGACAAGCACAAGUCCAAGCAUGCGCUCCUCAUUGCAUGCCUUUGUACCGUGCCCUGGCUCUUCGUUUUGAUCAUCCCACCUAGGCUGUUCUACAUUGGUUUUUCGUAUGCGCAGCCGUUCUUGCUGCAGGAGGUGGUGAGGUUUAUUUCGGAAGAAGCCCCGGAUCCGGCUGCCGCCAGUGGACUCAUCGGCGCCGCUGCGCUCGUCUUCUUCUGCAAGGGAGUUGCUCGAGGCUGGUACAACCACUACAAGAACCAGAUCAUGACCUGCGUCCGUGGCAUUCUCAUUGGCGCCAUUUACCGCAAAAGCCUGAGGCUCGGCGCCGAUGACUUGGCCAGUGCUGCAGCGGUUACGCUCAUGAGCACCGACGUGAAUGGUGUUGAAAGACUCAUCACGCUAUCUUAUGAGAGUUGGGCACGCCUCCUGGAAAUAGGAAGUGGCAUCGGCAUUCUCGGCAGAUUUAUUCGUCCUUCCUGCGUCUUUACUUUGAUACCUGCUAUUAUUGCUGCUAUUUGCUCCUCACAAUUGGCUAGAAUCAUGUCGCGCACAAGAAUCAACUGGAAUCAGCACAUCGAGUCUCGCGUGGCUGCCACCUCCAACGUCUUGGCGCAGCUAAAGGACGUGAAAAUGAUGGGCCUGGCACCAGCAAUGGCAAGGAAUCUGCAUGAAAUGCAUGACGCAGAGGUUAAAGCCUCACUUCGCGAUAGAGCGACUCUUUCCGGAGUAUUUGCGCUCUCUGCCUUUGUCGAAACAGUCACGCCUGCAGUUGUGGUAGCUGCGACCAUUUUUUGGACGCGCCGCGACGGCGCCUUGAGUGUUGAACUCUUCUUUACCAUCCUUGCAGUCGUCACCAUGGUGACGAACCCAUUGGCUGCCGUUCUCAGUUCCAUAUCCUUUUGGUCAACCGGCUUUGCGUCCAUAUCACGAAUUCAGCAGUACUUGCUGAAGAGGGAGCCUAGUGACACUCGAGAAUUCGAGCCCGAGCAGAGCUUGGGCUCGAGGCCGAGCUCUAUCUCUAGCCUGGACAGUGUGCUGUCGACAGGGACCGCUGAUCAGGGCCUAGGAACGGUCCGUAACCGACGGAGAAGCCGGCAGCCUCGCUUUGCCGUCGAGAUGAGCGAUGUGUCGGUGACCAUGGACACAUCUGCCCCCAUACUACGGGAGGUGUCGGUAAAGAUACCACGGAGAAGCAUGACGAUGAUCUUUGGUCGUGUUGGCUCUGGAAAAUCGACAAUGCUCAAAACGAUACUCGGUGAAAUUGAGCCCCGGCGAGGAGUCAUCAAACUUGGGAGUCGUUCCGUCUCGUACUGCGGCCAGGUACCCUGGAUCCUCAAUGACACAAUCGAGAACAAUAUCGUUGGCGCAAAUGUUGAUGGUCGAAACUUGAGCGGUGGCCAGAAGCAGCGUAUAGCUCUGGCCCGCGCCGUCUAUGACCAGGCGGACAUUAUGCUUCUGGAUGACGUGUUUUGCUCUCUCGACGCGGAGACAUCCUCCGAUAUCCGUGUUAGGCUCUUCUCACAGACGGCCAUCCUAAACUCUACCACGCUGAUUAUGACAACCAACGCGACAGAGCAUCUGGUGGACGCCACCCUUGCUCUGGGAAUCACCCACACUGGCCACGUACGGGAAAUAUCCAACUCGGGCCGCGAAAUCAGCCCGUCUUGCAUCCCCGCUAGUGUGAUGGCAGAGCGUGAAAGGAUCCUUCCACCGUCCGUCGCGGAUGAAAAGAACGAAGCUCCUGCCGUUGCUGCAACCGAGGCACAGCCCACCACGCUGCCCUUUCGCAAGUACGGCGACUAUUCGCUGUACUCUUUUUAUCUGAGUCCCGCUGGAUGGCAGUGUCUAACGUUUUGGCUCGCCCUGAUUGUGAUUGCUGCCGUCGCGGAAAAGAUGCCCUUCAUCUUUGGACGUCUGUGGUUUGAUCGAGCCCCGAACAAUCCGUUGUUCUUUGUUGGUUUUGCAAUACUCAGCGUCGCGAACCCGGUGUUCAACAUGAUGGCGAGUUCUGCCUUCUUCUACCUCGUCAACCCGAGCGCGUCAAAGUCCCUUCACUGGAAAUUGGCCGACACCACUUCCAGGGCCACGUUGGACUUUUUGUCCCAAGAAGACGCCGGUGCGCUGCUAAAUCGAUUUAGCCAAGACAUGACUUUGAUCUCGCAACGACUGCCUCUGGCCAUUCUGCCGGCAAGCUGGAUGGGGCUUACCGUCCUCAUGGAUAUCGCAAUCAUCGCGUCUGGUGCAAGUUUUGCGGCGCCAAUUCUGCCCUUUAUCGUCAUUGUAGUGGGCGUAAUACAGCACUUUUACCUCCAGACAUCGCGACAGCUGCGAAUCCUGGAGCUGGAUACGUCAAAGAACCUGUACAAGCAUUUUACAGAAUCAGCAUCCGGAGCGGUCCAUAUCCGUGCUUACCGUUGGCAACCUACUCUCACACAAGAAUUCAACACCGUCCUGGACGAGACGCAGAAACCAUUCUACGCCUUGUUCUGUGUACAGCAAUGGUUAAUCUUGACGCUUGACGUGGUCACGACGGUAGCAGCCGUGUCCGUUGUUGGAUUGGCCGUGAAAUAUACUUCGCACACUUCGGAUACCGCCAUGGGCCUGGCCUUUUUGAGUCUCAUUACUUUCAGCGAAACCGCCAGCCUAUUCAUCCAAACCUGGGUGGAAACGGAGACGUGCCUCGGAGGAGUAGCGCGCGUGAGAGAUUUUGCUACUAGCACGCCUGUGGAAGAGCCGUGCAUGCCGGGUCCAGAUCUGCCUGACGGUUGGCCGCGCUAUGGCAAGAUUGACUUCAACUGUGUUGAUGCGACUUAUCAGUUGGUUUCCUUGCACAAGUUCAUGUUCGAUAUUGCCCCUGCUAAUGCGCGAGGUGACAGAGUCAACGGCCCCAGGCCAUAUACCGCACUUCACAAUGCCACGCUCCAAGUGCGGCCAGGAGAGAAGAUUGUCAUUGCGGGUCGCACGGGAAGCGGCAAGACGUCGUUGUUGCUUGCGCUUCUGAACCUGAUUCAGUAUUCCGGUAGCAUCAGCAUCGACGAUCGAGAACUAAGAAUCACGCCCCGAGAUGUGCUGCGAACGCGCAUCACCACCAUUCCCCAGUCUGCGGUGCAGUUCAAGGGCACAAUACGAUAUAACCUCAACCCGUUUGACCCGUUGACCUUUUUAAACGGCUUCGAGGUCACCGACGGGCUGCUCAUCGGCAUCCUGCAGAAGGUCGGGUUGUGGAACCUGAUAGAGGCGCGCGGCGGCCUGGACGCCGACAUGGGCAAGAUGGAGCUGUCGCAAGGGCAGAAGCAGCUGCUGCAGCUCGGCAGAGCCAUACUGCACCACCAGAGCGUGGGCUCGCGGAUUGUCGUGGUGGACGAGGGCUGGACGAGCUGA